AUGGAGACGGCGACGGCGCCGCCGCCGAAGAAGCGCAGCGAGGCGGAGAUCCUCCGGAGCUUGCUCGAGAACGGCGUCGCGAAGCGCUUCGACCUUGUCGCGUGGGCGAACGCGGGGUGUCGUCAGCCCACGCCGAUCGAGCGUCUGCUUCACCUCUUCGAGCAGUGCCGCCCCGACGUCGCGAAGCUCAUCGUCCUCGAGGAGCUCGAGGGGACGCCGGAGGAGGACGCCGACGUCCUCGUGUACGGCGAGAUCGACACCGUGGAGUUCACGGAGCUGCUGAACAAGUACGGCGGCGUGAACGCGCUCGGCGGCGGCGGCGGCGACGACGGCGGGCGCGUCUUCUACGACCUCGGAAGCGGCACCGGAAAAGCCGUCUGCGCCGCGGGCUUGUGCGCGCACUUCCGUCACGUCCGAGGCGUCGAGAUCUUGCCGUGCACCGCGGCGAUCGCGUCCGUCCUCGUGGAGGACUUCGUCAGGGACGUCCUCCCGGGCUCGAGGCCGGCGGGGAACGCGCUGGUCAGCGUCGACGUCGAGCGCGGGGACUUUUUCGCGCGCGAGCAUCUCGAGCGGUGGCGCCGCGCGGACCUCGUCUUCUGUAAUUGCGUGACGUGGGACGACGACACGAUGACGACGCUGUCGCGCCACGCGGAGGGUUUACGACCGGGGGCGGUGUUCAUCACCGUGUUGUGUCCGCUCGCGAGCGACGCGUUCGAGCUCGUGGAGGAGGUGGAGUUGAAAUUCAGCUGGGGCAGCGUCGAGGCGCUCGUGCAUCGACGGCUGACGGACGAGCAGGCGGCGGCGGCGGCGGCGUUGGGCGCGGCCAUGGAGGCGAUGGAGGGAUGA